AUGCAGGCGCAGACCCUAACUACGCCCUCGUCUCACCGCGCUGCAGCUUCCAAGGCUUUCGAAGCCGCCAUUGCCGGUCUCGAGCCCAAGGUUCUCUCCGAUCAGGGCGUGCUAGUCGGCUCUCAAAUCUCAUUCAAGGAGGCGCACGAGCGCCUCGAGGAAUUUGAUAUCCUUAUCAUCCUUGGCGGCAACUCGCAGGAGGUGCUGGACAAGGAGCUCGAGCCUCUUGGCCUGAUCAACGACUUUGCCGAGCUCCAGAAGAAGGACAGGGGCGCUGGCGGGCGGGGAGGCUACACAGUACCGUGGGCCAAGCGGCGACGAGAGAGCUCAGCAUCGGGAGAAGGCUGCAAGGGAGUGAACACGGACGGCAGGGACCAGCGUAUCUCGUCAUACAGAUAG